AUGGGGGAGGAGGGUGGAGGUUACCGAGCUUCCCUGAAUCUCAUCAGCUUCCUCCCUUGCCCAGCGGCUGACAGCACCUCCUUGUCAGCAGGUGCUGUGAGGCCUGUGGAGGGCUUUGCUCACAGCUGGGUGCUCAGGAGCUGUCAGUGGGCGGCGUGGGGGCUGCCCAAGACCUGGCUUCAGGCUGUAGUAGAGCAGGUGAGGGGCCGGAAGAGAUCUGCUGGGCCCAGAGCCAUUUCUCCUGCUCUCCCUCCCUCUCCACCCUUGGCUCUCUUGGGGUGGGAGCACCUGGACAAGCAGCUCAAGGAAGACUCGUGCCCCUCUCUGGAAGGGAGCCCAGGUGGGGAGAGUGGAGGGCCAUUCCUGAAAGUGACCAUCAGCCCCCAGGGGAAGCCUGUUAGCUUUUUUCUGAGCUGGGCAGCCCUGGAGCCAGAUGGAUUCAGCCUUGUCCCCUGCCUCAGCCAUCUGAGCCCCUUCAGUUCUCCUGAAGGGCAGCCACUCCAGGCCCUCACCAACGCAUCCAGCUUUGAGUUCCAGGAUCUGGUGCCAGGGAGUCGCUACCAGCUGGAAGUGACUGCCCUGCAACCCUGUGGGCAGAAUGUCAUUGUUAUCCUCAUUACCCGUACUGCCCUGUCAACUCUCCGUGGACUGCAGCUCCACAGCCCUGGGAGCCCAUCCAGCCUGGAGGCCUCAUGGGGUGAUGCCCCUGGGGAGCAGGAUGGCUACCAACUUCUCCUCCACCACCUAGAAUCCCAGACAUUGGCACAUAGUAUCUCCAUGUCCCCCGGCACCCUGUCCUACAAUUUUGGCAACCUCUUGCCAGGUAUUGAGUAUGUUUUAGAAGUUACCACAUGGGCUAGCAACCUCCAAGUGAAGACCAGCAUCCACCAGUGGACAGCCCCUGUGUCUCCAGAUCACCUGGUGCUGCAGACCCUGGGCACCAGGGCCCUACAAGCUUCCUGGAAUGGCUCUGAGGGGGCUGCCUGUCUCCACCUAGUGCUCACAGACCUCCUAAGUGGCACUAACCUGACUGCAGUUGUCAGACGCGAGAGUUCCAGUCACACUUUCCUUCACCUCUCUCCAGGCACCCGCUAUGAGCUGACGCUUAGUGCUGCGCUGACUCCCCUGCCCCCUGAGCUCUGGGCAAGCUGGAGGGUGGGGCCAGGUGCCCAGGAUGGCUACCUGCUGAGGUUAAGUGGACCGGUGGAGGAGAGCACCGUUCUGGGCCCUGAGGCCCUCAACACCACAUUUCCAGGGUCCCUGACCACUGGACACUAUGCUCUGGAGCUGAAGGUUUUGGCUGGAUGGUGAGUCUGGACUGGUGGGAGCAGGAUGGAUUCUGCAGCCCACCCCAGACAAAGCAGUGGUGCCAAGCUGCAGCUGGAUGGGCUGGAGGCCACCAGGGAGAGGCAGGCGCUGCUCUAUGCCAAGGGUGCCCCAGGCCUCACUGGAAACAUCUCCGUGCCAUCUGGUGCCACCAGCAUCACUUUCUGUGGGCUGGUGCCUGGGCCCAGGUACCAGGUGGACAUUGCCUCAUCUCUGGGAGUCAUCACCCAGAGCCUCACGGGCCACACAAGUCCCCUGGCACCGCAGUCCCUGGAGGUCACUGGCAGAGGCAGUCCCUAUGACCUGGACAUUGGCUGGGCCCCAGCACCAGGGCAGUGAGAAGGCUACAGGGUCACCUGGCACCAGGAGGGCAGCCAGAGGUCACCAAGAAGUCUUGUCCACUUGGGCCCAGACAAUUCCAGCCUGACUCUGAUGGGUCUGGUGCCCGGCUCCUGCUAUACUGUGUUGGUAUGGGCCUGGGCGGGGAGCCUCAGCUCCAGCAUCCAGAGGAGCUGCGCCUGCACCUGCCCAGCUCCUCCUGCCAAUUUGAGCCUAAGCCUUGCUGCCCCUCCCACCCUGAGGGCUUCCUGGAGUGCCCCACCAGGGGGCAGGGAUGGCUUCCAGCUGCAGCUUUACCGCCUGAGGCCCCUGACUCUGGAAAGCGAAGAAACUCUGGCUCCGGAGGCCCAGAACUUCUCCCGGGCUCUGCUGUGCAUGGGCACUGAGUUCCUGGUGCGGCUUGGCCCGGAUCAGAGCAGCAACAUCAACGCCACGGGCCGGACCCCCCCCCUUGCUCCUCCUCUGGUAAAUGUGACUAGUGAAGGCCCUACCCAGCUUUGGGCAUCCUGGGUCCAUGCUCUCAGGGGCCAGAAUGGCUACCAGGUGACCCUGUACCAGGUGGGUGCCCGGGCAGGCGCCAGUGCCAUGGGAGCCGAGGUGAACAGCACAAGGUUUUCGGCUCUGACUCUGGGCACUAAGUACGAAGUGGGGACUGUCGCGUGGGCUGGGCCCCUUCACACUGCGGCAGCCAACGCCUCUAGCUGGACGUCCCCGCUCAUACCCAAUGAGUUGGUGUCGAUGCAGGCAGGCAGUGCUGUGGUCAACCUGGCCUGGGCCAGCAGCCCCCAGGGGCAGGGGGUGUGCCGUGCCCAACUCUCAGAGGCUGGGCGCCUCUCCUGGGAGCAGCCCCUUAUGCUAGGCCAGGCCCACCUCUUCCUGAGGGGUCUCACUCCUGAAUGCAACCUCUCCCUGUCAGUGCUGUGCCAGGCGGGGCCACUCCGGGCAUCCACUCACCCCGUGGUGCUGCCUGUUGAGCUGGGCCCCGUGGAGGAUGUCCAGUGCCAGCCUGAGGCCACCUGCUUGGCCCUGAACUGGAUGGUGCCUGCUGGGGAUGUGGCCACCUGUCUGGUUGUGGCAGAGCAGCUGGCAGCAGGAGGGAAUGCCCACCUCGUGUUCUAGGCCAGCACCUCCCAGGAUGCCCUCCCGUUGCCCAACCUGGUGCCUGCCACUGCCUAUCGCCUCGGCCUCACUGUGCUGGGGAGGAAUGGUCUGUGGAGUCGGGCGGUCACCCUGGUGUGCGCCACGUCUGCCGAGGCCUGGCAUCCUCCAGAGUUAGCUGUAGCCCCCCAGCUGGGGCCUGACACAGAAAUGGGAGUGAUGAUCACCAGGGGCAUGUUUGGCAAGGAUGAUGCGCACAUCCAGUGGUAUGGUGUCAUUACCACCACCAACAUGUCACUGGCUUGGCCUUCCGAGGAAGCCAUCAGCCACAUGUGGGAUGACCACUUCUACAGAGAACAGGACUCCUGCCUCGCCAUCCUGCCCCCCAACCCCUUCUCCCCAGGGCCCUGGGCUGUGCUGAGAUCCUGGACGGUGCCCACUGGCAUAGACGACUGUGGCCACAUCCAGGAGAUCUGUAGUGGGAAAUUCAAGCCUGGUUCCCAGUGUAGGUACAGUGUUGUGGCCUUUACCAGGUACAACUCUCCUGAGACCAUUAUGUACUUCUCGGCCUUCUCAGGUGGGAGCCCCAGUGUCUCCCCAGCAGCAGUGUCCCUUUCAGUAGUGAUGGGCAUCAUGGUGGGCUAUGUCCUUAUCAUCUCUGCUGUGCUGGGCCUGCUGUGCUGGAGGCAGACCCACUGGCCCAUCCCUAUCCACAGCUUCUGGCAGAGCUAUGAGGCCAAGAGUGAUCAGGCUCAUCAGGCUUUCUUUCUGAAGUUUGAGGAACUGAAGGAGGUGGUCAAGGAACAGCCCAGAUUGGAGGCUGAACAUCCUGCCAGCACCACCAAGAACCAUUACCCACCUGUGCUACCCUUUGACCACUCCAGGGUCAGGCUGACCCAGCUGGAGGGAGAGCCCCACUCUGACUACCUCAAUGCCAACUUCAUCCCAGGCUACAUCCACCUGCAAGAAUUCACUGCCACCCAGGGGCCUCUCAAGAAAUAUCUGGCGGACUUCUGGCGGCUGGUGUGGGAGCAGCAGGUCCACAUCAUCGUCAUGCUGACCAUGGGCAUGGAGAACGGGAGGGUGCUGUGUGAGCAUUACUGGCCAGCUAGCUCCACCCCUGUCACCCAUGGUCACAUCACCAUUCACCUUCUGGCUGAAGAGCCUGAGGAUGAAUGGACCAAGCGGGAAUUCCAGCUGCAGCACGUUGUCCAGCAACAACAGCGGAGGAUAAAGCAGCUGCAGUUCACGACCUGGUUUGACCAUAGCAUCCCUGAGGCCCCGGGCUCCCUGCUCACCUUUGUGGAACUGGUGUAGGAGCAGGUGAGGGCCACCUAGGGCACUGGACCCAUCCUGGUGCACUGCAGUGCAGGCAUGGGCCGGACGGGCACCUUCAUGGUCCUUAUGAGGCUGCUGCAGCAAUUGGAGGAGGAGCCAGUGGUGGACGUGUUCAAUGCAGUGCAUGCGCUCUGGCUACACCGGCCCCUCAUGAUCCAGAUCCUGGGCCAGUACAUCUUCCUGCACAGCUGCCUCCUGAACAAGAUUCUGGGUGCCUCUGACACUUCUGAGGCGGAGAAGGCAGAAGAGAAGCUAGAGGCAUUUUGCUUCAAGGUGGCAGGAAGGAGAGGCAGGUGCCAGAGGCUGAAGUUUCCAUGCUGGGAGCCUGGCCGUGAACUGCCCACCACCAUUCUGCUGCCCUUCCUGGCCGCUGUGAACUGGUGCUGCUCCCAGGGAAAGAGCAGGAAGCCAGGCACACUGCUCAGCCUCUCCAGCAAGGGCACCACUCAGCUGGGCACCUUCCUGGCCAUGGAGCAGCUGCUGCAGCAGGUGGGGGCUGAGUGCACUGUGGAUGUCUUUAACGUGGCCCUGCAGCAGUCACAGGCCUGUAGCCUCAUGACCCCAACGCUGGAGCAGUAUAUCUACCUCUACAACUGUCUGAACAGUGCGCUGGUAGACGGGCUGCCCUGA